CGCAGCUCUGCGGAGAUAGUGUAUUGGUGUUUUGUGUCGCUCUAGAUUGCUUACACAUAAUCCUAAAAUGUCAGACGAUUCUUUCUUCAACCCUCCCGUCUUGAUAGAAGAGGUAAAGAGACGUCCCGCUCUGUAUACCACGGACCAGCCAGUGGACAGAGAAGAGAGGUUGAUGUUGUGGAAGGAAAUAGGCGCUGCCAUAUACCCUGAAUGGGACAGUUACAACAAGGCCACAGCUUAUGAUAAAGUGCUUCAGUUGCAAAAGAAAUGGCGGUCCUUGCGCGACGCCUAUAACAGAGAGUUGCGCGCGCGCCAGACGGGCGAUCGCCGCGGCCGCCACAAGGUCUACAAGUAUUUCAAGAGGAUGAGCUUUCUCGGCGGAUUCAAUGGAUCCGUCAGCGAAGAGGACGACCAUAACAUGGCAGACAGUCACAGCAAUAAUGAGGACGCUAUCAUUUUGCUGGAGCGCGAGGACACGCCUGAGCCACCGAGACCUAGAAAGACCAGGAAGAGACAGCAGAGAACACGCUCCUCUGACAUACCAGCACCAGAAGAAAUGGAGCUGCCUCUGUUCUCAUUGGAAGCGCCCAAUGACAACGACGACAGCGACAAACUGUUCAUGUUGUCCUUCUUACCCGAGAUGAGGCAACUGCCCAGCAACCUGAAGAUGUGGGUGAGAGCGCAGAUAGCAAACGCUAUGCAGGAAGCAGUGUCGUGCCAUUACAAUAACACGCAACCCAGUUUGUGUAUGUCCAGCGAUAAGAACGGGCAAGAUAUAAAAAGGCAACGAUACGACAGUGGUGAUGAUUAGAAAUUUAGUUGAAAAUUUGCUCGAAGGACCAUAUAUGUAUAUAAGUUAAGUUUUCUCAUAGCUGUGAUUUUAGUUGUUGAAAUAAAUAAUAGAGUAUUGUUA